GCCAGACAGAGAUGAGGACCCUAGUCUACGAGCCACUAAUUGUCUUCCUAGGCACGCCCUCGAGGACGGAAGCCCCAGUUCUGCUGUGAAGCACAACUGUUCACCUCCUCCUCUGCGUCGCCGAAGGGAGCAGCGACGGUGUGCGCGACCCCUCGGGCCCCCACCCAGAACUGAUCACCUAAUAAAGGCCUUUUAAAAGGAGCUGGUCUCCUGGCCCUUAAUUUACAUCAGGUGGGGGCUCGUCCGGGAUAGCCACGCCCACCGAGGACCCCAGGACUGGGACGGCCGCCCACCCUGGGCCUCCGAGGGACUGCUGGCUACCUGGAUCAAGGGAUCAGCAUGGGACCACGCGACGCACAGGAGCACCGGAAGGGUGUUGCUGACUACACACACCGCGGUACGGACUCGGGAAAAGGGUUGGACUCACAUCACUCGAGUUAAAGGGCCAGUAACACCUCCUGACGAAGGACCAAGCUCCCCUGCACUACCCGCAGAACCAGUGGAAGGGACCCCAUCCACUAACUCACAGGAGUGGACAGUAAUUCAAAAUCCAAAGGACUUGAAAUUAAUUCUCAGGAGAAACUCAGGACCUGAGGACUGAACAAGGACUGAAGGACAGUUAAGGAAUCUGUUAUGGGAUAAAUGGAAUGAAUUUUGUAAACUGUUGCACACUGUUUUAAUGGUUGUUACAAGCCUUACAUAAAGGUUAAAAGUUUUUCAUAUACAGAAAAAAAAAAGAAAAAAAAAAAAAGUUCUUCUCCUACUGAGUACUCCCAAGAGGGGCAAGGAAAAGAUUAGGGAACAGAGAGAGUGAAGGCAGCCAGUGUCAGGAGACUCUAUAGAAUAUACAGAGAGACCUCGGCCCAAGAGGCAAGACCGUGGGGUGUCGGCAUGAGGGAAAUGGCCCCUACCGGACUCUUGGAGAAAUUGAUGGUGAUACUACUAAUAUAUGGUACUCUCAGCAAAGGAGAGAACCCCUGCACUAAGUGCUAUCACCCCAUAUAUGAUGGGGAAGACCUGAGGUCCCUAUUCAGAGUCCACACUAACAUUAACCCAAGCUGUUUUAAUCACUCUCAGUUAAUUACCUGUCAAGAGGACGGGAAAGUUUAUUGGACCACAAGAAAUACGGCCUCUUAUAGGCAGCGCCUACUUGGGGAGUGCCCAAUAGGAGAAGCUUGGUUUUGUUUUGAAAACGAAGGAUUAAAAGACAUAGUUAAGGAAAAACAAUUGAUGUGGAAAAAGGAUGAUCCUGAUAUCCCCUUAGGAAAAAAUUUGUUCAUCGAUUUGGUUGAAAGGAUAAGCAAAGAACUAAAUUUGACUAGUUGCUGGAUUUGUGGAAGUACCCAAAUGACAGAAAUUUGGCCUUGGGAGGGGAUUGGUUUAAGCCCACUAGAAAUUCUGAGGUGGAAACAGACAAAACCAAAAUAUGAACUAUUGGCAUCUAGGGGGAGGGAAAAAUGGGAUUUAAAAUCAAAAAUAAUAGGGGAAGAGUGCAUUCUAAGAAUAGGGAAAAGGUACAACACCCCUGUAGGGAAGAUGGCAUGUAAAAGAUAUUUAUUAAUAAAGAAUUUGGAGGCCAAAUGGGUCCCGAGGGAGCCCCUUACAUACUGGGCCAUCGGGAAAACAGAAAAGGGAUGCAUAUAUCAUGAAGGAUAUAACCUUCAUAAAUGCACAGAAAAAGGAGUAAACCCCUUUUGGGGAAUCAGAGAAGUAUCAAAGUUUUGGGAAUUCCCAACCGAAGUGAGAGAUGGAUUCUGGCAGGUCCCAGAGUAUUUAUUUUGGAUUUGUGGGGAUACUGCAUAUACAAGACUCCCGGGAGACUGGGCACGGAGUUGCACCAUAGGGGUCAUUAAACCAGCCUUUUUCCUACUACCCAAGAAGUCAGGAGCACAUUUAGGAGUCCCGGUAUAUGAUGACCUGAGAAAGGAAGAGAGAAAGAAAAGGGACUUAAUUGACAUGGGAGGUACACAGACAUGGAAAAGCAAAGUAUGUACUCCAGAUGAAAUCAUUCGAACCUACGGCCCGGCCACUUGGGCUCAAGACGGAUCCUGGGGCUACCGGACUCCUAUUUAUAUGUUGAAUAGAAUAAUCAGACUCCAAGCAGUGCUUGAAAAAGUAUCCAAUCGCACAGCACUAGUAUUUGAGCACAUAAGUGACCAAUUGUCCCAAACCAGAACAGUAAUCUAUCAAAUUAGAUUGGCAGUAGAUUACUUAUUAGCUGAUGAAGGAGGAAUAUGUGGAAAAUUCAAUUCCUCCAAAUGCUGCUUGGAGAUUGAUGACAAAAGUGAGGUGAUUAAAAACAUUUCUAAAGAAAUCCGAAAAUUGGCCUAUGUGGGGAAUCAAGAAUGGACUCCCUUAAUAGACAGUGACUGGUGGGAUGAAUUUUGGUCUUUCAAAGGGAAAUGGUGGAAAAAGGCUGCGUUUAUUACUAUUUGUGCAAUAACUGGACUGUUAUUUUUACCCUGCUUAUUUCCCUGUCUAGUCCGAAUCCUGACCUCAACUGUGCAAGCUAGCAUCCAACUUCCCGAGGCAGCUAACAAAAAGCAAACAAGGAUCAUGGUGAUGGAAAGCCAAGACCAGAAACACGCAGAUGCCAAAGAAAUAUAUAACCAAUACAAAAGACUUAGGAAAUUUUAUUUCCAAGAACCAGAGACUGCAAAUUGAUGCGGGCAUCCGCCCGAUCAAAUAAAUAGAGGGGGGAGUUGUUAUGAAUGAAUUCAGUAAAAGUUACAUAUUUGUUGUGCCCCCAUGUUCAUUCCAAUUGUACCCCCCCCUGUUAUGUCUCCCACUGUGGAUGUCUCUCCCUGUUCAUUCCAGUUGUGCCCUGGUUGUAAUACACCCCCCCUGUUUGCUGCUUCUAUAUGUCUCCCCAUGUCCCUUCUAACUGUACCCUUGUUGUAAUACCCCCCCCGGUUGUUAUAUGCUCCCCUAUGUUCACUGGUGUUGCAUAAUACCCCCCUGUUACCCCCUUGUUAAAUCCCUUAUUGUUACCCUCAUUCAGUCCCUCGGGCAUUGCCUUCGCUGCUCCCAAAAAUGGCGGCCAGAAACAACCUCGGCAGUAUGCAAAUGAGGUGAAGCAGAACAGAAUCCACCAAAAGGGCCUAAAAACACCAAAAUAACGUGGAAACUCGAGGAACCAAGUGACUGGACCUAGUGGGAAGAGUCCUCCCAUGCCAUCAAUCGAGUUCUGGAGGUCACCACCACCUAAAAGUAGCCAGACCGAGAUGAGGACCCUAGUCUACGAGCCACUAAUUGUCUUCCUAGGCACGCCCUCGAGGACGGAAGCCCCAGUUCUGCUGUGAAGCACAACUGUUCACCUUCUCUGCGUCGCCGAAGGGAGCAGCACACCUCGGGCCCCCACCCAGAGCUGAUCACCUAAUAAAGGCCUUUUAAAAGGAGCUGGUCUCCUGGCCCUUAAUU